GACUCCAUCGCCGAGGCCCGGCAGCUGCUGGGUGUGCGGCUGGUCGCGGAGGGUGACGUCAUCAGGCUGCGCGACAUGCUCUACCUCGACCUCGGCCUGGAGUCGCAGAUGCGCCUCAUGGCCGAGUCGGCCGUCAUGCGCAUGGACCAGCUCGAGAUCCAGACGGGCACGCGCACGAUGGCGCUGUGGGUGUCCCUGGCGAUGGAGAACCUCGUCUACAACUCGGCCCCAGGCGUCGGCCCCAUCCAGGGCGCGCGCGGGUCGCGGUACCCGGACGAGCUCAAGGCCGUGCUCCGCGACUGGGCGCCGCUUCUCGAGGAGGCGCACCAGGGCUACGGGGGCGACUGGCCGACGCGGGCCAUGUCGGUGGUGGACCGCAUGCGGCGCGCGAUGGGCACCAUGACGGACACCAUGCAGGCCAGCCUGCAGGCCAAGGCCGAGCUCCUGGGCUACCGGCUGCUCGCGGCGACGCCGGAGCAGAUCCCCGAGGCCUGGGCCAUCGAGCGCUUCGCGGAGGAGCUGGUGCGCGGCGGCGGGGGCUCCUUUGUGCUCUCGUCCUUCCUGCGCAAGCUGGACAAGUCCAUCCGCGCCGAGGGCGGCGGCGCACUCUGGCAGGUGAUCUCGCAGGGCAGGGACCUCGGCGCCAAGGGCUGGAUGAUCGAGGUGCCCGACGUAAAAUCGAUCCAGGCCACGGUCUUCGACCGCCCCACCAUCCUGCUCGCGCACUCCCUCGGCGGAGAGGAGGAGGUCCCGCCGGGCGUGGUGGGGAUCAUCACGCCAGACGCGCCGGACGUGCUGGCGCACAUCUCCGUGCGCGCGCGCAACCUGAACGUCCUUUUCGCGACGUGCUUCGACCCGGACGAGUUCGAGGGGCUUGCGCGCUUCGUCGGCAAGCGGGUCGAGUGCAAACUCGCGGGCAACCGCGUGACGGUGGAGGAGAUGACGGGCGACCCCGUGUCAGGCGACGGCUUGGGCGAGUCCGCGGCGGAAGAGGGCGCGGGCCUCAAGAUCGACCUCCCCCCGCCAGCUGAUUUCAGCGUCUACGCGCUGCCAGAGUCGGCCAUAGACCCCGACGCCCGGCCGAAGAUCUUCGGCGCGAAGUCGGCGAACAUCGUCAGGUCCCGGCGCACGCUCCCAGACUGGAUCCAGACCCCCCGCUCCGCCGUCAUCCCUUUCGGCGUGUUCGAGAAGGUCAUGGCGCACGGGGACAACAGGGAAGUCGCCGAGGAGUACCAGCGCCUAGUCGACGAGGAGCUCCACUCCUCCGCCACUCCUCUCGAGGUGCUGGAAGAGCUCCGGAUGUGCAUCAUGCGCCUCGAGGCCCCGUCUGAGAUGGUCGAGGCCGUCAAACAGGCCUUGGUGGAUUCGGAGAUCAUACAGCCAGGCCAGUUGGAGGGGAGCGACUGGGACGACGCUUUCCAGGCGCUCAAGGGCGUGUGGGCCUCCAAGUGGAACGACCGGGCCUACUUCUCCUGCAGCAAGGCCGGCAUCGGCAUCGAGUUCGUGCAGAUGGCCGUCCUCGUCCAGCGCCUCGUCGAGGCCGAGUACGCCUUCGUGCUCCACACCGUGAACCCGUCCACCAACGACGCGGCCUACAUGUACGGCGAGGUGGUGGUCGGCCUGGGCGAGACGCUCGUCGGCAACUUCCCCGGGCGCGCGCUCGGCUUCCAGAUGCGGAAGGACAUGUCGGCGGCGCCGGAGGUCCAGUCGCUGCCCUCGAAGAGCACGGGGCUCUUCGGCGGCGGGCUCAUCUUCCGCUCGGACUCCAACGGCGAGGACCUUCCAGGCUUCGCCGGCGCCGGUCUGUACGAUUCGAUCCCCAUGGUGACCAACUCGGAGCGGACGCUCCAGUACUACAAGGAGAGGCUGGUGACGGACAAGGCCUUCGCCGAGGAGCUGAUGCGCGGCCUCGCCAAGGUCGCCGUCGACGUGGAGGGCGUGUACGGCGGCGCGCCGCAGGACAUCGAGGGGUGCUACAAGGACGGCAAGUUUUUCGUGGUGCAGACGCGGCCGCAGGUGUGAGCGGCCAGGUGGGUCUGCGCACGCUGGCGGCGACGAAGUUUGCGACGACGC